AAUUGAUGAACAAGACAAUUUGUGUGGAGCGAUUUAUUCGACAUGAUAUAAUCUUUACAUUGCUAUAUUAACUGUUUAAAUCAUUACAAACAUUAUACAAUUUUUAGUUUGAUUUUAACAUUCUUUGUGCCUUAUUUAUUUUAUGAAAGGACUUUAUGUAAUAUUUUUAAAACAAAAUACAUUUGUAAUAAUGGCGGUGGCUACCCGUCAUGGGAUUGUAAUCAAUCCGGAUGUUCAGAUGCCCUCUUCCUGGAAUGAGUACAUCACGACUGUAAUGGCGGACAGUGGUUUUGUUUCAAAAGGCGCCAUCUAUGGCACAGAAGGCAGAAAAUGGGCCGCUUCGAAAGGUUUUGACGUCACUAGUGACGAGGUAAAGAAUCUUGUGUCUGGAUUUACAGAUCCAACAAAACUUUGGGUGCAAGGUGUGAAAGUUGGAGGGAAAAUAUACACAUGUACACGAUCAGAAAGCGGACUUAUUGUUGGUCGAGAAAGUGCUGAAUGCACCGGUUGUGUUAUUUAUAGAUGUAAUAAGUGUGUUGUGAUAGCAGUUCACGAGGAAGGAGCGCACCCUGGUGGCUGUUUUAACUUGAUUACAAAACUUGGUGAAUAUUUGAAAGAACAGGGUGUAUGAAAUUAAAAGAGAAUUAUGAUCUUUAUAUAGUCCCCUCGAACAUCGAACGUCUGCGGAUACUUUCAACUUUGUGCAACGUCAUUAAUUAAUACUCUACAGCAUUGGAUAUAUGACGUCACAUACGUUGACGUUACCACGGCAUUAUUGCCAAUUAUUCGAGGUUAAUGAUGUUGAAUAAAAGUUUUCGCAAUGCAUUGAUAUGGCGCAACUCGUGCAUUUCCAAGUACAUGUAUAAAACUGUUAGAGAAUGUAAUAAAUUCUAUUUCAUCUACCUGAAAAAAACAAAACAAACAAAAACACAACAACAAAAAACAAUAGACACAGAUGCUCUCUACAAAUGAUUGAUGUUGUGCAAGUGUGUGUCUGACAUUUAUUAUAUAUCGUGAUACGUAAAAUAAAUCUGUCAUUUUACUUACCUAGGAAAUAUUUGUUCUUAUGAUUCCGGCGUUAUGUCUGAUCUUCAUAGAUUGGCCUUCUUCAAUUAUAGUGGUUAAAAUAACAUUGAUAUUGGUGAUGGAUGAUUGAGUAUGUACAAAUAUGUCUAAACUUAGAACAAAUACAACAUACACCUAAAGUUUUGUAAUCAGACUAUCUUAAGAUUAUAUUUGUUCACAAGAAGGAUUGCUGACUGACGAGAAACCACGUGAUACGUUUCGAGAGUCAUGUGAUUUGAAGUACGGUUAUGUUUUGAUAAAACAAUGUUCAAUGAUGCUUACUGAGAAGCUUUGUCACUGCACUCACAAAUAACGGUAUCUAGAUAAUGUAGGAAGAUAUACAUGUAUAAGAUAAAGUAGAGAGAUAUACAUGUAUAAGAUAAAGUAGAGAGAUAUACAUGUAUAAGAUAAAGUGGUUUGGUCAUGUUAGAGAUGUCACACAUACAUCAUUUAUUUUUGUUGUUUUCUUUUAACUGUAUUGUUGUAAAAUGUCAUAUUGUCAUAUUAGAUUUGUUUAUUAGAUGUAUUAUAAUUUAUUUAGAGAUUUUAUUUGUUGAAGUUAUGUACGUAUCAAAAACAGAUAUUGAUCAUUUAUUUUUAGUUAUCAAAAUCGCAUUUUAUAUCUUUUGUAAGUCCCUGCCCAAGAGAGAAGAAGAUCUGAUUCACUGUCGUUGUACUGUUUACAUCUCCGUACAGUCGUACUGUUUACAUCCCCAUAAGUCGCUGUACUGUUUACAUCCUCAUACAGUCGUUGUACUGUUUACAUCCAAAUACAGUAGUACUGUUUACAUCCCCAUAUAGUCAUUAUACUGUUUACAUCCCCAUACAAUCGUUGUACUGUUUACAUCCCCAUACAGUCGUUAUACUGUUUACAUUCCCAUACAGUCUUACUGUUUACAUCCCCAUACAGACAUUGUACUGUUUACAUCCCCAUACAGUCGUUGUACUGUUUACAUCCCCAUACAUUCGUUGAACUGUUUACAUCUCAAUACAGUCGUUAUACUGUUUACAUCCCAUAAAGUCGUACUGUUUACGUCCCCAUACAGUCAUUGUACUGUUUACAUCCCAAUACAGUCGAGGGGUUAGAGUCGAUGACUUCUAAUCCAGUUACCUCUCUGGCGUGGGUUCGAUCCCAGGGAGAUGCUUUGGUAGUUUAGCGAAGAGGUAGGUAGUCUAGUACUGGUGUAACUCUCCAGGAACGAUGGUUAGGAAACUACCCACCUAUAUGACUGAAAUACUGUUGGGAAAAAGCGUAAAAUGAAACAAACAAACAAACAUUGUACUGUUUACAUCCCCAUAAGUCGUUUUACUGUUUACAUCCCCAUACAGUCGUUAUACUGUUUACAUCCCCAUACAGACGUACUGUUUACAUCCCCAUAAGUCGUUGUACUGCACCCUCAUACAGUCGUUUUACUGUUUACAUCCCUAUACAGUUGUGUACUGUUAACAUCCUCAUAAGUCGUUUAACUGUGUACAUCCCCAUACAGUCGUUGUACUGUUUACGUUCUCAUAAGUUUUAUUUUACUGUUUACAUCCAAAUACAGUCGUUUUACUGUUUACAUUCUCAUACAGUCAUUGUACGGUUUACAUCCCCAUACAUUUGUUUUUCAUUUUGCAUCUACAAACAGUUGUUUUACUUUUCACAUUCCAAUACAGUUGUUUGACUGUUUACAUCCCAGUACAGUCGUUGUACUGUUUACAUCCCCAUGCAUUCAUUGCUCGUUAUACUAAUUACAUCUCCAUACUGUUAUUUUUACUGUUUUCGUCCCAAUAAAGU